UACGGGAGUGUUUGUAUCCAAAGAUCGCCUUCGUCUGGGCUGUAGCAAGCAAAGCAGUCAGAAAGCUGUCAAGAUUGUUCCGUGGCUCGAGCGAGUCAAUCAAUCGUCCGUCGUUGUCCAGGAAAGUCGGUCUGCGUCCGAAUAGUUGCGUGUGAACGUCGCUGGAAGAAAGUCGUCUUUCGUUGUUUGGAGUUCGCGUCCGGCUGCCAAAAGGAAAGCGCUUAUCGUUGUCCAGUCGUCGUCGCGAGUUUCCAUCAUUUCAUCGAGUGUUUUUCGGCGGUAGUGUGGGGAUUUGUGCUGGAAGUGAAGGUCCGACAUUGACCACCUUGUGCCAACCAAGGAGCUGUCCAGUUCAGUUCCGAUUCCGAUAAAUCUGUGAGGUCUUCCUUAGUAUCCAUCGAUUCUGUCUGAGGGUAAAAGUCAGUGAAGAAAGCAAACGGCAAAUCCGGGGCAGCCAGAAGCAGUUCAGGUUGCUCUGGCUGGGCAACAGUCGGUGUUGGCCGGGAUAAGGAGGGAGUGCUCUCGAUUUAUUGAUUUUUCUCGGUCGGUCGCCGAGGCGGACGCCUCUCAGGCUAGUGCAAAAGUAAGGAAUCUCAGUGGCUGAAAUGUUGUUCGAAUAUCUAGUGAAUGACCAGGUGACCACCGAUUCAAUAAGAUCAGAUUCUGAAUAGUAAGAGAAGUGAAAGUGGUAAAAAUCUCGGGAGACCGGAAAAGGGACUGGUCGGUUUUGCUAGAUUGCCUCAAGGCUAGAAGAUAAAGGCAAAUCGGAAUAGAGGGUAAUUGAGUGAUUCAUUGGAAGCUGGAAGCUGAAUAGUGAUCUAAUUAGUGUCUAUCUACACAAGUUUCAACAAAACGGAUGUGAAUCUCAAGAAAUUUAUAAAUUUAAGAUUGUGAAUGUGAGAAAAAAGUAAUUUUAAGAAAAUGUCGAAAUAAUCCAUGUGAAUCUCAAUUGUGCAUCGUUAGUUAAAGUAAGUGAAGUUUCAUCAAACCUGAGGAACCCUGACGGAUAAGCAAUGUGGAUUCCCACCAGUAAUAAAUACGGAGUUGCAAUCCACAACUGGCACGGCGAUGUCACACACGGUCUGGCCCUGGACGUCGGCGAUUGCGUCGAAAUUCUCGAGGAAACGACGCACUGGUUCCGCGGCACAUGCCCCCGGAAGCCCCGCAAGGUGGGCCUCUUUCCCAAGACGUACAUCCACCUGAAAGACCUGGCCAAGGUGGACCCCGUCGUCGGCGAGUGCACGCUGGUGCUCCGCGAAUGGUCCGAGAUAUGGAAGAAACUAUUUGUGGAACGAGAGGAAUACAAAUUCACCUCGCUGCGGAAGGUGAUGCUGGCGCUGCUGGAAAGUCGCCGGGAACUGCUGAGCGCCACCCUGACCCAAGACCAGACGUACGAUUUGCAGAUGAAGGUGAUCUCCAAGAUUGACUGGGGCAAUCGAAAACUAGGCCUAGAUUUAGUGCCCCGAUUAGGAACGCUUGCGGUAGACCCGCACAAAAUCGGUAUCGUCUCGCUGCACCAGGUGCACGUCAACAGCGCCGAAAAUGCCAAAGCCGCUUCCAAUCGCGGAACGUUACGGAGGAAAGCCGGCAAGAAGAUCCUCACGCAUCACCUUUACUUCUGCAUGCGCGACUUUGGCCAUCGGAUAGGGGAUGACGCGGAGAUUUACUUCUAUCUGUACGAUGGCCAGCGAAUGCGAGCCCUGUCGGAGCGCUUCCUGGUGCGCAUUGCCAAAGACGGGUUUUCCAACUACGUGGAAACCUCCCACAACUGCACGGUGUUCACCGAUCUGGGCUCUUCGGACCUCAAUCAGGAUCUCUACCUUAUAGCCAAUGUGAUGCGGGUCGGCAAAAUGCUGCACUCGGAGUCCGUUAAGAAGGGAGACAAGUUUAUUAGUAACCAUUCCUACCGAAGGCCAUACGGGAUCGGGGUCCUGCCCUUGAGCGAAAUUGGGCAGUUCGAUCAGACUGUGGAGUCUGAAGAGAAGGAGUUCAGCUUCAAGAUCUUCCAAUGCGAAGAGAAGGACUAUCAUCAGCUACAUGAGCUGAUCAUCAAGAAAGCCAGCGGGAAGUUCCAACCGAUCAACGCUACCACUCAGGGUCACUACGGGCUGGUGGUGUCGUUGAAGUUAAUCCACGGAGGGUUGGGACAAGCCCGGAUAGAGCAGCCAAUACUGUUCCAAGGAACCGCCAUAACCAAAAAGAUCGGUUUCCCGGAUGUUAUCAUGCCCGGAGAUGUGAGGAAUGAUCUCUUCCUCACUUUAGAAAGAGGCGAAUUUGAACGGGUCGGUAUCAGUACGGCCAAGAACAUCGAAAUAACCACCUUGGUACUGGAUGAGAACGGACGAAUCAUCCAGGAGUGCAUAGCGAUCGCAUCCGGAAAUCCCCUGCAAGCGUACUACAAAUCUAUGGUCCUGUACCACAACAACUCUCCUGCAUGGAACGAAACCAUUCGGAUGUUUGUCCCCAUAGACAAAUUCAGCAAAGCUCACGUCCGGUUCGAGUUCCGAAGCUGUUCCACCCGGGACAAAUCCGAUCCGAAGCUAUUCGGCUUUAGUUUCUCACGACUGAUGGAACCCGGUGGAGCCACACUCGCGGACGCAUCCCACGAGCUGUACGUCUACAAGUGUGAAGAUAUUCUCAAGGUUCAACCGAACAUCUACCUGCGAUUGCCUUGCUCCGCUACAGAUAAACACGCUCACACUCUUGAAUCCAACUCGCCCUACCAUCGAAGUUCGAAGGAAGCAUUCUUUGUCAAAACGGUACUCUGUUCCACCAAGCUAACUCAAAACGGUGAUCUUCUCUCGAUUUUACAAUGGCGUAAUCAUCCACAUCGCAUUCAAGACUCUUUGCAGCGAGUCCUCCGGCUUCACAACGAAGAACUUAUCAAAUUCCUCCAAGAUGUGCUGGACGCUCUGUUCGCCAUGUUCUCCACAGACGAUGGAAACAGUACUCCUCACUCCGGACUCGUCUUCCAUGUCCUCGUAUCGAUCUUCAGCCUCAUGCAGAGCAGUAAAUUCCAACAUUUCAAGCCCGUCAUGGAUGCCUACAUCAAGGAUCACUUCACCGCUCCUCUGGUCUACAAAGGUCUGCUCUCGUCUGUCCAACAUCUCGCCGAUUGGAUGAAUACCGCAGAUAACCUGGAACCUAUCCUUCAAUGCUUCAGCUCACUCGAGUUUAUCUUCAAGCUGAUCAUCCAAAGUCGAAAGCUUUUCGCUCACGCCUCCGGUGGACAGUACGAGGACAAAUUCAAGCAUGAUCUCUUCGCUGUCUUCACGUCCCUCAAUGGAAUGCUUCUAGUCGCCAGUCAUUCGCAAAUCCUUCCCACUCAAGAGGCUCUCCUCAGCUCGAUCGGUGUCGUGUUCGAACAGCUCCGUACCAUCAUCACCAAAACCGAGCUGGAAACCCUAGUCAAAGGCAUGCUGGAUUCCGUCCCCAAGGACGCCCAGCCUCCUCUCAUCCAGGCCAAACUGAAAUCCAUCAAAGACAUGGUCUCCGGACAGCUCUUCCAGGACGACGAACUACGAUCCGUGAUUCUCAACAUUGCAUGCAAACAUCUUCGGAUCCAUCUGGCUCGUCGCGACGAAUUGCGUCUGUGUUCGGAGAUCCUCGCCGAAAUACUCAUAAAAUUACACGAAGCCAAAGUUAGAACCGGUGAAAAGCCUUCCAACGCCAUUCACCACGAUCUGGACACGCUGUUCUCGAACAUCUUCCCGAUCCUGAUGCAGACGAUCAACGUUUUGGGGAACGGCGGCAACGAAUCGCUCGUCUGCGCCCUGUUUGCCGUAAUGCUCGGAUUGCUGCAAUUGCUAGAGGAGACGCAUUUCCAGCGGAUGUGGGACCGAUUGAGCACCGCCGGAAACAACAAAGAACUCAAAGAUUUCAUUCAGCAGUGUCUGAACAUUUUCAAGGAUAUCCUCGAACAGGAUUGGAUGAUCUUCUCCAAGGACUGGUUGGUGAUGAAGAUAUCGGCGAACGAGGUGCUGCGCAAAACGUUGGAGGAAAUGGCCAAGCCGCUGGUGUAUCGGUUCCUGGGAAUGCAGUCUUUCGAUUCGCAACUAUGGUGGUCGUACUUUAGCGUGGCGGUCAUAUUCCUAACGCAGCCAUCGCUGCAAAUCGAGCAGUAUCACGAAACCAAGCGGAGAAAGCUGCUGAGUACGCACGGUGAUAUGCGGGUGGCGAUGGGUUUCCAGAUCCUGAGCAUGUGGGCGCAGCUUGGUGAGCACAAGUUGCACUUUAUACCGUCGAUGGUGGGACCGUUUCUGGAAGUGACGCUGGUACCGGAACCGGCCCUCAGGAAGGCUACGUUUACGGUGUUCUACGAUAUGAUGCAGUGCGAACAGGUUUCUCGAGGUUCAUUCCGAUUGGUAGAAAGUGAGCUGAUAGAUAAGCUGGAUCUCCUCAUCAGCGAGAACAAGGGUGACGAUGAGUACCGCGAACUCUUCAGCACUAUUUUACUAGAGCGAGUUCAGGCAGAGAAUCCGUCGUGGCGCGAAUCGGGAACGGCUUUCAUAUCAUCCGUUACGCGGCUCCUGGAGCGUUUGCUGGACUACCGAAGUGUGAUGCAGGGCGAUGAGAAUCGGGACAAACGGAUGACCUGCACCGUCAAUUUGCUCAACUUCUACAACGACGAAAUCAACCGGAAGGAGAUGUAUGUGAGAUAUAUAUACAAACUGUUGGAUCUACAUUUGGGCGCCGAGAAUUACAUCGAGGCGGGGUUGACCCUGAAGCUGUACGCCGAUAUGCUUUCGUGGGAUAGCGAGAACAUUUCGGAUGAGAGCAAUGGACCGCGCGAGUGGGAACAGAAGGAGAAGAUUUAUAAGAAUAUCAUCAGCUACUUCGACAAGGGUAAAUGCUGGGAAAAGGGUAUUCCACUGUGUAAGGAGUUAGCAAUGUUUUACGAGCGCAAGCGGUUCGACUACAACCGACUGAGCGAUGUUCUGAUUCAGGAGGCGAAGUUCUUCCAAAAUAUUUUGACGCAACUGCGGCCUGAGCCGGAGUACUUCCGCGUCGGAUAUUACGGAACAGGGUUUCCAUCGUUUGUUAGGAACAAACAGUUCAUCUACAGAGGCUUGGAGUACGAACGGAUCGGAGCGUUCAUCCAGCGGUUACAGAUCGAGUUUCCAGCGGCGCAGAUCCUGGACAAGAAGCACUACCCGCCGGACAGUUCGGUGCUGAACUCGCCGGAGCAGCGCUUCCACGUGGUGAACGUGCGUCCAAUAUCCGAUCCGAGCCAUCUCAAGAGUGCCAAAGUGACCGUACCGGAGAAGAUUUCCAAAUAUUACGAGGUGAACGACGUUACCAAGUUCCAGUAUGACCGUCCCGUCCACAAGGGAGUCGUCGAUAAAGACAACGAGUUCAAAUCGCUGUGGAUCGAGCGGACGAUCUAUGACACAGCUCUGCCACUUCCGGGUAUCUUGCGGUGGUUCGAGGUGACCAAUGCAUCUAUCCACGAACUAACGCCGGUGGAAUUUGCUUGCGAGUCCGUGUCCAACGUCAACAAGGAACUCUCUGACCUCAUUGUGCAGUAUCGCCUUGAACCGAAGCGAAAUCUCAAUCCGUUUACCAUGCGGCUUCAAGGUUCCGUCGAUGCCAACGUCAACGGAGGCUUCAACAAGUACCAGGAUGCAUUCUUCACGGAACGGUUCGCCAAGUCUCCGGAGGGUCGCGACCAAAGCUUGCACGUUCAACGUCUGAAGCGCUUGAUCUUCGAACAGAUGCAAAUCCUUCGCCAGGCCCUGGAGCUGCAUCAUAGUCUCGCUUCAGAGGAAGUAUUGCCGCUGCAUAACCGACUAUCCGAAGCGUUCCUAGAACUAGAAAAGAGCACGGCCGAGUGGAAGACGAACAUUAACAUUCCAACCAAACCACUUCCACCGUUACCAAUAGCCAAUGUACAACCGACAGUGGUGUCCAACACCUCGAGUGUAGUACAGCACUAUUUCUCCACCGAAGAUCAUGAUGAAACGUACACCUAUUUGAGUCGCAAGACUUUGUCUCUGUCAGGGAUUGUUCCAAUGACAGCGAUGACCUCGUCGCCAAUACCAGCUCCGCAGGUUCCUCCCAGAGAUUCCCUGACAUCUUCCCCAUCGGCUCCCCCUCUUCCUCCUCGUGGUCAUACCCCGGAUAAACGCAACUCUAACCCUAUGCCCUUUACAGAGUUUGUAGAACAGCAACAGGGGUCGGCUCCGGCUAGACCGCGUUCCAAGAAAUACUCUCUCUACGAAAUAUCGCUCAACGAAAGCAUGAAUCACAGUUACGGGAGCCCCAGAAGCUCCAGUGAGCUCAAAGGUCAUUACGACCUUGGAAUGUUCAAUCGAGACUCCGGGAUUUCCACGAGUUCGCAGGAAUUGAACAACCUCAACAGCGGAUCGCAACAGAUGCAUUCUUCAGGUCACCAUCACCAUCACUACCAUCAACCGAUCUCUACAGCCGUCGGUGGAGCUACCGGUUCACUGGAUGAGUACAACAUCUCCCUGAACGGAAACGGAGGCGCCACAACUCCUAGAGGCCACCAAAAAACCAACUCCAAUCCCGAAUCGUUCAACUCCAUCAACGUGCAAGAAAUGGCCAUGAACUCCAUCAACACGUCCCUCUCGCGUAUCACAAUGUCCAAUGGAGCUCCACAACCUCCGCCUCCUCCCAUCCCCCCUAAAUCAGCCGCCCUCCACCAUCAGCACUCCUUCACGGCCGGCAGCAAUAGCACUCCACAUCAGUUCCAUCCGCAUCACCAGCGGCAGCAGUCCUUGAACCUAAGUCAGAACUCAUCCUCCGACGGCGAUGCGAUCAGUUUGAACGAUAUCAGCCCGGCUCCGCCGGUGCCGUUCAACGACACCUUCAGCGAUUCGUUCAGUGAUGAAUGUGAUAGCACGGCGGUUGGACCGACAGCCAACAAUAACAAUAGUCAUUUCAACUACGAUGCGGUUGCCUAUUGUGUGCCAAAAAUGCAGCAGCAGCAGCAGCAGUCGAUCAAUACCAACAGUUUAGGUCGGCGGUCGUUGAACGGGGCUGCCGCUGCGGUGGAUGACGUGGUUGAGGUUAGGAACACGACCAUGGUUCCGCUGCGGCACGACGACGACGACGAGGAGAUCUUCUACUAGGCUGGUUAGGUUCGGCGGCUGGAAUACGGUAUGUAUUACUGUGCAAUCUUUAUCCGGUUUAUAGGUUAAAACUAAGCCAAAUUGUCCUAUAUAAAAAUUGUAGAUAUGCGUAAAAAUGUUUGUAUGUUUGCGGGAUUUGAUUACAAAUGGAUCGGGAGUGACGUUCGUCUUUGGAAUUUGCAGUGGCGAUUCCCUAACCUCAAAA